GGAGGAGGAGGAGGAGGAGGAGGAGGAGGAAAACAAACAAGAUGAAGAAAUCGGGGGUCUAAUCAACUCUGAUGGAGAAGUGGUGGAUUGGGAUGCCAAAGACAGUCCUGACCGGGGCUCUGAUUGCAGAAAAAGUCCUCAAGCUAGCAAGGGUGUCGUCCCGUCCAAGUCUCACCUGCAAGGCCAAACCCAGAGAGGCAGCAGUAGUCCAACGCUCAUCAUGGAGGUUGUGUCUGUGGGGGAAGAAGGGGAGGAAAGAGAGAGAGUAGUAAAGAUGGCAGCUGUCUCGCCCUUAUAUUGUGGGAAGAGACACAGAAGAAAGAAGAAUGUUCCAGAAAUAACGGGGGUGUCAUUGGACGACACAGAGAAAGAAGUUCCUGCCGAUCCUGUAAAAAGAAGGGGCAGAAGAAAGGUUUCACAAACUCCUCCAAUGAGUGCCGAGGACCCAGAGGCAGAGCCAGGAAUAUCAAGGCGUACCCUAAGAAAGAGAAAUGUCCCUACCUACGUGGAAACAGAAGAAUUUACCUCCAAAGUUGCCCGCCGGGUUGCUGCAAAGCGACCUUACAGAAGGAGGAAAGAUACCAAACUAUCUCCUGAAGGGGAAGGAAGAAACGCUGGUCUUUCUGUUGGAAAGAAGCGCCCCGGCAGAAAGAUGGUUCGUGUUCCUAUAGAAAUCCCUCCUGAGCUCCUGAAGAAGCCCAAAGAGAAGAUGGAGUACUACUGCUCAGUGUGCAGCAAAGAGUUCCCUCAUGCCUACAAACUGGAGAGGCACAAGCUGAUCCACACCGGAGAGAAACCGUACUGCUGCUCCAUCUGUGGGCGGGGCUUCAACCAGAAGGGAAACCUCAAAACACACCACAAGGUCCACUUAGGUCUUAAGGGCUCUUCUGAUCUUGACGAGGAGGUGAAUCCGAUAGCAUCUGAACUCUCUGAAUACUUAAAGUCUCUGCCGGGCGAGUCCAGGAUCAGAUCGUCGCUGCGCUGCCUGGACUGUGGAACAGAGUGUGAGAGUCAUUCAGCUUUACAAGCACAUCACGUUACUUCGCACACAGAAACAGAAACAGCCGGGGAACCAGACGCCGUCGAGCACAGCCCUUCGCCGCUUCUCUUCUGCCGCCGCUGUGGCGUUCAGUUCAGUGAGAAAGAAAAGCUGGAAGAGCAUAUGAAAACACACACCAAGGCCAAGCCCUACUCCUGUCCCGACUGCGGGAAGAAGUUCAUCAACGAGAGCUACAUACAAAUUCACCAACGCAUCCACACUGGGGAGAAACCGUUCCUCUGCUCCGACUGCGGCAGAGGUUUCCACACCGCUUCCUCUCUCAAGCUCCACGAGAUGCAGCACUCUGGAGAGAGGCCGUACGCAUGUUCCAUCUGCGGGAAGACGUUUCGGAUAAACUCGUACUUAACGGCACAUUACCAGACCCACAUUAAAGACAGGCCGUUCAUUUGCAGUGUCUGCGGGAAAGGCUACUCCAGAGCGGAGGAACUGAAGGUGCACCACCGGCUGCACACCGGGGAGAGACCCUACGAGUGUGGAGAGUGUGGGAAGAGCUUCAUUUACCGCCAGGGUCUGCGGCAGCACCAGCGCACGCAUGCUGGGAAACGCAUCGGACCAACCAGGCAGCUGGGCAGACCCAAACAACUGGCCAGCAUGGACAUCAUGAGCUCUGAAAACCCAGAAGACUUUGGACCAGCUGUGACUCUCGCUGAGGAAGAUCAGCAAGAAAUUGGAGGCCUGAUCAACUCCGAUGGAGAAGAAGUGGAAUACUCAGAUCUCAGAGAGAAUGACCUCCCUGGCACUGAACCUGCAGAGUCUCCCUCCAAGACAUUCGAUCAAAGCGAGAAUGAAAAACUGUCGUCCCUUCACAGCUGCUCAGUUUGUGGGAAAGACUUCCCGUACGCCUCUAAGCUUCAGCGACACCUACGCACUCACUCAGGCGAGCGGCCCUUCCCCUGCUCCAUGUCUCAGGCUGCACCGGCGGACACACACAGGCGAGCGGCCGUACCACUGCUCCAUCUGCCUGAAGAGCUUCUCCCGACACUGGCAUCUGAAACGCACUUAGAGGCGAUGCACUCUGAGGUUGUAGCGGGCUUCGUGAGGAAGAAGUUCCCGUGUUCGGACUGCGAUAAGAGCUGUAACUCAGCCGCCGAGCUGAGAGAUCAUCAGAGGACUCACACCGGAGAGAGGCCCUACCAGUGCUCUUUCUGCGACAAAAGGUUUGCCUUGUCGGGAACACUAGUGAGACACGAGCGUCUGCACACCGGCAUCACGCCCUACCACUGCUCCGACUGCGGGAAGACGUUCGCUCAGCAGUGGACUCUGACCACACACAUGCGGACUCACACGGGGGAAAAACCCUACAGCUGCACACAGUGCGAUAAGUCCUUCGUAGCUCCUGGAGAGCUCCGCAGGCACACCAGGAUCCACACGGGAGAAAAGCCGUACACCUGCAAGGACUGCGGGAGGCACUUCUCCCUGGCAGGAACGCUCAGAAACCACAGAAGAUCGUGCACACUGAACAAGGAUGUGUCAGUUACAGGGGACGUCUCAGAGCCAGUUCAAGUAGAUGGAGAAGCACCCCAGCAAGAACCGCCCAACAACACCAGCCCUGAGGUGGCUGACAGUCAGAGUUUGCCCAGUGCAGGUGAGCCGCGCGCCUCAGAGGAUCUAACCUGUGACAAAGCAGCUCCUCGUGAAACUAAACUGCGAGAACCAGAAGACCGACCAGAGGACAGGGCCGCCAGUCCGCAUAUGAAUGUAAUAGUGAAGGAGGAGGAAGAGGAGGAACCUUUGUGUGAAGAAGCUCCUGAGCAGCUUUCUAGCAGUGAGGAUUGCACCAUGCAGGAGGAAACUGAGGAGCAGCGUCACGAAACCAACACUGAAAUUAGGAUAACAGUAAAGGAGGAAGCAGAGGAACUUGUUAACAUGUCUGGAGAGGAUCCUGAACAUGACUCAGACAGCGGUGGGGAAAGUCCUCCUGGCUCCCCGGGGCAGGAACAGGGUGACGAUCUGACGAAGAGCUCGUUCUGCUGCGGGCUCUGCGGCAGAGACUGUUACAAGAUGUCCGCUCUCCAGAUCCACAUGCGCAUUCACUCUGGAGAGAAACCUUACCAAUGCUCUCUGUGUGGGAAGCAGUUCACCCAGAAAGGUCAGCUCAAAGGUCACCUGAAGGUCCACACGGGAGAGAAACCGUUCUCCUGCCCCGACUGCGGGAAGAGCUUCGCCCACUCGGGAGCGAUGAACCGCCACCGGCUCACACACACCGGGGAGCGGCCGUACCACUGCUCCGUCUGCGAGCGCAGCUUCAACCAGUCGGGCCGCCUGAGGGAGCACGAGAAGAUCCACUUUGGGGAGAAGUUUGACUGUCCCCAGUGUGAAAAGAGUUUCACGAGAGCGUCGAGCCUCAAGAACCAUUUCAGGCUCCACACGGGGGAGCGGCCGUACGGCUGCGACGUCUGCGGGCGAGGAUUCAGCCGCUCGCAAAGCCUCCGCCUCCACAAGCGCAAACACCAGCAGACACACACCGAGGAGGACUCUGCGUUCAGUGAGAAGAACGAGGACUUAUCACAGAGUGACGACAACUCCCCAAUUAAUAUGUGUUUAGCGGACAAAAAUGACUGAUAAUGUAUUUAUAUAAACCAUAGAGAUAUGUACCAGUAGUAGUAUGAUUAUACAACGAUUUAAGGCAGUGAAACAUGAGCGGAAAGAAGGGAAAGUAAGGUUGAACUUUCACAUGAAAAGCUAAAAUAUUUAACUCCCUGCAAUUAACAACACACACUUGUCAGGUGGUGUUCAGCAACUAACUACAGACAAACUGACCAAACUAAUAUUUACUACAAACACUUCCGUAGAAAUCUUGGAAACUGUUCUGAUGAUACAUUUUAGAGGACGUAUUUACUCGCUUUUAUCACACUCACCUAUGUUAGUUGCGUCAAAAUAUCACUCUCCAUUUAGAGUAUUUAUUGUAGUUCAAAAAUCAAAUUUAAGGUCUGUGAUUUCAAUUAUUUCCUUGCAGUACUUGCCAUUCAAAAUAAUGAUGUAUGUGGUAAUUGGAUUAAAGAGUAAUUAUGUUUUUGCAUCAGACGUUACCAAGGCCAAUGAGCAGUCUACGAAUCAGGUGAAACUGGAAUUCGUUCUUUGAUUAUGAGCUACCAAAAUAUUAAAAGAUGUAAAUGAAGCAGUGAGAUUAUAAUGUUCAUCUGAUUGUUUGCCAAAACCAUUUUUGCCUUAUUGUUGAUUUAUCUGUGUCUCUGUUUAUGCUACUCAACAACCACGUUAUGAGUCAGGUUCACCUGGUUUGGGAAAGUCUUAAGGCCAAGUAACUAUUGUGAAAAAGAGAGUCAUCCUAUAAGGCUGUGAAACAGAAGGGUAUAACUUCAAACCAUGUCGAUGGUAAAUGUUGCCCAGUGCUGCCUCUGUCUAACUGUAUUGGACAUGUUAUACUGAAGAAUAAAAGUAAAAGUA